AUGCUCCCACCCGACUGUGAUGAAGGACAUGUGUGCAGAUUGUGGGGCCAAUCUCAGAGUGGAGAACUCAAUGUCAGGUGACAGAAAGGAGCAGGUCAGUGCCUCCGUUGCCAUGGUGCACAGCAUUCCUGAGCUGGUCGUCAGUGAACAGCAAGCGAAGGAGAUUGGGAAGGCUGAUGAAGAGCGGCUCGUAAAGACCAGGAAGCUAGUUCUGCUCGUGGACCUCGAUCAAGCCCUUGUGCACACCACAAACAACAACAUUCCACCAAAUCUCAAGGAUGUAGAGCAUUUCCAACUCCCUCACGGCAACAGGAUGCUGUGGUACCACACAAGGCUGCGGCCCGGCACCAAAGAGUUCCUGAAGAGAAUAUCUAAGCUGUACGAACUUCACAUCUGCACGUUUGGCGUGAGACUGUACGUGCACACGAUCGCCAUGAUUCUUGACCCCAGUCGGAGUCUGUUCUCCCAUCGUAUUUUGUCCAGGGACGAGAGCAAACCGCCAAUUUGAACCGCAACAGUUGUCACACUGAAAGUGAGCAUGCUGUUCGCCAAGACCGUAUGUGUUGAGGUAGUAGUGAACCUGGCUGACCACAGCAUUUGCACCUUUACCAUGUGACUGGCCUUCGUCUGCGAGUCUCAAAGGAGAGGACAGCAGUGGAUCCGGGGAAGAAGAAAUUGAAAGACAAGAACCAGAAUCACCACCAAGACCUCCCCAUUAAUAGAAAUACUGUCAAAUAUUUCUUAUUAUCACUUGAUAAAGAAUCUUUGGCAAACAGGUUUUGCACGUUAAGGACUGUCUAGACAUGUUUACAAUUUUAGAACUAUGUAGAGCGUUCAGUUGCAGCGAACGUUUGCCAAUGAUUGUUCAUUUCCAAUUCAGUCUUAUUUAACUAUAAGUUCGGCGCGAACCUUUCAAGAUGGCGGCUCCCACAGAAUUGAUUGCGAUUUUGAUGGAGAAAUCGCUUAAAACACAGAAAGUACUUAACCAACACAAUGCGCUGUGGUUAUAAUUCAAUUCAUUUUAUAUACUACCAAAAAAAAAAGAAAAAUACCGAAGUUACACUGAAGUUACGCUGAACAACAACAACAACUUACUCAUCCGCCAUCUUGGUUUUGUUAGCGAACUAAAGCGAACUACCUCCCGAGACGGGUCGCGAUGGGUCGCUUCUGUUCGCGGCUAACCGAGCGUUCAAUAGCGAACAGUCGCGAACGUUUGCUUCGGUUCUUGAACAUUCGCUGUAACUGAACGCACUAAUGUUCUCUGCAAAUGUAUUUGUGGUGGUCAUAAAUUCCCUUAGUGGAGCUUAAGCAGAAAUUAUUUAUGACAUCACAUGCUAUGCUUAAAUGCAAACAGCUUGAAAAAUAGUGUUUAAUAAAUAAAUAUAUCAUUUUUA